AUGUGUUCAAAAUGCUUUAAAGAACAAGAAGACCGGAAUAAAAAUGCUGUUGUGGAAGAAGUGAAAGUUGAAGAAAAAGAAGAGGAACCUCCCUUAACAACAACAACAACAAUAGUGCAAAAGAACAAAGGACGCUGUUUCUCUUGUCGUGUAAAGAUCCCACUUGCUAAACAGUUGACGAAUAAAUGUAGAUGUGAAUACGUCUUUUGUGACACACAUCGUUAUCCAGACAAGCAUGAUUGUAACUUUGAUCAUGCAAAAAAGGACAAAGAAAUCUUGUUAAAAAACAACCCGAAACUUCAUGAUAAACCGCGCGGUGGUAAUUCCUUCAACCGUCUUGAUAGCAUGUAA